CAUUCUUCUUACUGUUUCAGAUAAAUGGCACAGUGACAGAAAAUAUGUCCUUAGCAGAUGCAAAAACGCUAAUAGAAAGGUCCAAAGGCAAAUUGAAGAUGGUGGUUCAACGAGAUGAACGAGCUACGCUGUUGAAUGUCCCUGAUCUUUCUGACAGUAUUCAUUCUGCUAAUGCUUCGGAAAGAGAUGACAUCUCAGAAAUUCAGUCGCUGGCAUCAGAUCAUUCCAACCGAUCACAUGACAGGCCCCGCCGCAGUCGUUCACGAUCUCCUGACCAGAGGUCAGAGCCUUCAGACCAUUCCAGACAUUCUCCACAGCAGCCCAGCAAUGGCAGUCUUCGAAGCAGAGAAGAUGAAAGAGUAACUAAACCAGGAGCCGUCUCUACACCUGUAAAGAAUGCAGAUGAUAUUUCUAAAACUAUGGAAGAGGUGGCAGUUGAAAGAACCGAAAAACAAACACCACCACUCCCAGAACCAAAGCCAGUAUAUGCACAAGGAGGUCAGCCAGAUGUGGAUUUACCAGUCAGUCCGUCUGAUGGUCCUUUACCCAAUUCAACCCAUGAAGAUGGAAUGCUUCGGCCAAGCAUGAAACUGGUAAAAUUCAGAAAAGGAGAUAGUGUGGGCCUGCGGCUCGCUGGUGGCAAUGAUGUUGGCAUAUUUGUAGCUGGUGUUCUGGAGGACAGCCCUGCGGCAAAAGAAGGAUUAGAGGAAGGAGACCAAAUUCUCAGGGUUAAUAACGUAGACUUCACAAAUAUCAUCAGAGAAGAAGCUGUCCUUUUUUUGCUUGAUCUCCCUAAAGGCGAAGAAGUAACCAUUUUGGCACAGAAGAAGAAAGAUGGUAAGUACAUCAGAGACAGUGUAGUGGAUUGAUUGGAAUCAGAUUAA